AUGACGAUGAUGAUUAUAAGGCUCAUAAUAAAAUUAAGGGUCUCUUCUUCCAUUACUCUUUUCCUCCUCCUCCUCCUCCUCCUCCUCCUCCUCGAUGCCACGUCAUCCACAAUUGUCAUCCACAACAACUGCCCGUACACCGUAUGGGCAGCCGCGGUCCCCGGUGGAGGCCGGCGCCUCGACUCCGGGCAGAAUUGGAUCUUGAACGUUUCAACCAGCACAAACGGCCUACUGUGGGCCCGGACCGGCUGCUCCUUCAAUGCGUCGGGCCAAGGGCGUUGCCAGACUGGCGACUGCGGCGGGCAGCUAGAGUGUGAUGUCCCCGGCGCAGCCCCCAACACACUAGCCGAAUAUGGGCUCGGCCAGUUGAGCCAGGAUUAUUUCUACAUAUCUGUGAUGGAUGGGUUUAACGUCCCCUUGGAAUUCAGUCCCACCACCCCUAAUCACAAUUGUUCGACUUACGGUGUAGGACUUAGGUGUGAUGCGGAUAUCAACGGCCAGUGUCCGAGCGAGCUGCGUGCUCCUGGUGGCAGCCCCUGCACAGUUUUCAACACAGAGGAGUAUUGUUGUUCUAAUGCAACGACAACCAAUUGUGGGCCGACGACAUAUUCCAUGUUUUUCAAGCGAAGGUGUCCAGAUGCUUACACUUAUCCUAGGGAAGAUCCCAUAAGCAACUUCUCUUGCGCUUCAGGCAUCAGCAACACUUACCGCCUGCGCUUCUGCCCCUCCCAACCUCUCCUUACCCGCCCAGCUAUGCCUCCUACGCAAAUUAGUCCUUCCUAUCCUCCUGAAAGUGAAAGUGGCCGUGGCGGUGGCGGUGGGGGUCUUCUUGGUGGUGGUGGUGGUGGCUCAUCAAAAGUCGAUAUCGGACGACUAGUGGGCAUCAUAAUGGGUGCAGUUACUGUUGUGAGUGUGUUGAUUAUCGUUACCAUAAUCUGUUGCAUUAGAAGAAGACGUUUACGAGGCCAUCACAACCUAAAUGUUGAAACAUUUCUACUCCAGCAUGGAUCUCUGGCUCUCAAGCGCUAUAAAUACAGUGAAAUCAAGAAAAUGACCAAAUCCUUGAGCGAGAAGCUAGGACAAGGAGGAUACGGCAGCGUGUACAAAGGAAAGCUACCCGAUGGCUUCCUUGUUGCAGUCAAGGUUUUGACCGAUACAAAUAGCAACGGAGAGGAGUUUAUUAAUGAAGUCGCCAGCAUCAGCAGGACCUCCCACGUCAACAUCGUCAAUCUCUUGGGUUUUUGCUUCGACACACAAAAUAGUACUUUGGUGUACGAGUACAUGCCUAACAAAUCUCUUGAUAAGUACAUUGCUGAUGGAUCACUCGACCGCUUGGAUAUCGAAACACUUUAUAAAAUUGCACUUGGAGUAGCCAAAGGACUUGAGUAUCUGCACACGGGCUGCAACACCAGGAUUGUUCAUUUCGACAUCAAGCCUCAGAACAUUCUUCUCGACCAAGACUUUUGUCCCAAAAUCUCCGACUUUGGGCUGGCUAAAUUGUGCAAGAAGAAACAGAGUUUGGUGUCGGUGCUUGGGACAAGAGGCACGCCAGGGUACAUUGCUCCGGAAGUCUUCUCCAGAAAUUUCGGAGGAGUUUCGCAUAAAUCGGAUGUUUAUAGCUACGGGAUGAUGGUUCUUGAGAUGGCUGGAGCAAACGCUCUCAUCGUGGGCCAAUCCGAUAACACCCAGUCGAGCGAGAAUUAUUUUCCUGAUGGAAUUUACGAGCGCGUAAUAGAUGAUGUUACUAGGAUGUCAGCGGAUGGUAUUACUAUUACCACACACGAAGACGUAACUUCUCGGAAAAUGCUUUUGGUAGGAUUUUGGUGCAUUCAGACAAACCCAUCGGACAGGCCUCCAAUUUCAAUGGUUGUGGAGAUGUUAGAAGGGAGUUUUCAAUCCAUACAGAUUCCUCCUAAGCCCGUCUUGUUUACUCCUGCUCUGCCCGUCUUACAAGGUUCCUCGUCAUUUUCGUCGUAUGUUGAGACGACAGAGCAUUCGUCUCAAGCUGCAGUUCAAGCAUAG